AUGCUGAUAACCUCCCCAUGGUCCUCCGCUGCCGUCAAGAGCGUUGAAGUCCUCGAGGGCGAUGGAGGUCCCGAGACCAUCAAGUUGAUGGCUUUGGCCAAGUCGGAACAAUUGGGCAGCCAGAACAAGACAGAGAAGCACAAGGUCGAGGCCCUGGACAGGGAGAACUUCACCUACUGCUACUCAAUCAUUGAGGGCGAAGUGCUGGGCACCACCUUUGAGAAAAUCAGCUAUCAGGUGAAGAUCACCGCGUUGCCUUUGGUAGGCUCGGUGUUGAAGUGCACGAACAGUUACUUCACCAAUGGCGACGUGGACGUCCCGAGAACGAGAUCAAAGCCGGGAAACAGAAGGUGA